CAAGACAUUGCGCCUGAGUUCCUGAGUUUCCCAAGAUGCCUAAUUGCGCACGUGAUCGACGCGUCGACGCGUCCUACUCAUCAACGCGUGACGCCACCACUUUGGUAAAUCUCGACAUUGGAGCCUGCUGCUUCUCUCCUCCAUUGGACACUUGAUAUCACUUAACAUUGUCCUUGAUCGAUACAUCUUAUCGACGAUCUCACAACAAUUCCGACCAGCUGCUGAAAAGGUUUUAUCUGAGCGUACAAUUGACAUAAGGUAUCGCGCCUGUGCCAUUAUUUUUGAGACUGUUCAGUGCACAUACCCCUGACAGACCUACAACACACCAACAUGGCGAAAGCAAAGAAAGCGGAGGUCAGCGACUAUGAGCGCAAGAGGCAGGAGAACAUUGCGAAAACGCAGGCGCUGCUGCGCAAUCUUGAGAUGGAAGCAGCGCAAGCAGGUCUGGGCCCGAGCUCGAAAGCCGCGUCGUCUACGAAAUCAAAGCCCAAAAAAGCUGCGCCAGCAAAGAAGGUCAAGGUUGAGGAUGUGGGGCCGCGACGGACGUCCUCGCGCCUCAAGGGUAUCGAGGCUGACAGCGAGAAGGCGAAGCGCAAGGCGGAGGAUGAGUACGUCGCGAUCAAGGAAGCGGACCGCGCGAAGCGACAACGUAUCAGUGACGCCUUCAACUUCGGCGACAUCACAGUCGUGGGAAAGACAUGGGACCAGAGUGGAAACUUCCUGCGCAUUGUUGGCCCUGCGAACCCAUACGAGCGCACCUUCGACUAUGACGACGCGACCGACACUACAGACAAGGAUGUGAAGGCAUUGCGAGAGAGGAUCAGCGGCCUUCAGCUCUGGGAAGACUUCGAGCCAAAUGAGAUCAAGAUCACACCAGAGCGUAUCUACGCGAUGGGUCUGCAUCCUACUGAGGAGAAACCUCUGGUGUUUGCUGGCGAUAAGUUGGGCAAUAUCGGCAUCUGCGAUGCCUCACAGAAAGCCUCAGAAGUCAAGGUCGAGGACGACGAAGACGCCGACUCCGAAGGGCCCGUUAUCACAACACUCAAGCCGCACACACGCACAAUACACACCUUCCAAUUCAGCCCGCACGACUCCAACGCGCUGUACUCCGCAUCGUACGACUCCUCGAUACGCAAACUCGACCUCGCCAAAGGCGUUGCAGUCGAAGUCUACGGCCCACAAGACCCCAAUGAAGACCAGCCACUGUCUGGCCUUGAGAUUUCCAAAGACGAUGCAAACAUGCUGUAUUUCUCAACACUCGACGGCCGCUUCGGCAUGUACGACAUGCGCACCGAGGUCAUGGACGCGCAGCUAUUCCAGCUCUCUGACAAGAAGAUCGGCGGCUUCAGUCUGCACCCGCAGCACCCUCACCUUGUAGCCACGGCGUCGCUAGACCGCACACUGAAGCUUUGGGAUCUGCGCAAGAUCAGCGGGAGGGGCGACGAGCGGGGACCGGCGCUAGUCGGCGAGCAUGAAAGCAGACUGAGCGUCUCGCACGCAGCAUGGAACUCGGUUGGCCAGGUAGCGACUGCGAGCUACGACGACACAGUGAAGAUCUACGACUUUGGGGACUGUAAGGACUGGGCGCCAGGGCACUCUUUGACAGAGCAAGAAAUGAAGCCCAAGACGAUCGUGCCCCACAACAACCAGACCGGACGCUGGGUCACCAUAUUACGAGCGCAAUGGCAGCAGUUUCCGCAAGACAACAUCCAACGCUUUUGCAUCGGCAACAUGAACCGCUUUGUCGAUGUCUAUACGGGCAAGGGCCAACAGUUGGCACAGCUCGGCGGGGAUGGUAUCACUGCUGUGCCUGCGGUGGCCAAGUUCCACCCCACAAUGGACUGGAUAACUGCGGGUACUGCGUCAGGCAAGCUUUGUUUGUGGAUGUGAAGCGUAGUGUUGUAUAUUCUUGUUGGAUGCUGUAGAUGGAUUGGAAAUUUCUAAAAGUGGCACUCUGCGGAGGAUCGCCGUUUUGAUGCUGUAUAUGGUUGAAUCCUGCUGAUUGGAGAAUACCGAAGAUACCGUUCUCGUGCAGCGAAAUCAGCCAGUUGAGACCA